GCAUCUUCUUAGAAGAAGUAAUGGCGGCAGGACGAGGCCAGUUUAUUAGUAGUUUUUUGGAGGGUUUAAAGAGGGCACCCGCACAGCCGGCUCCAGGUAGACCAGAGCCGGGUCGUGAUAGAAGGAAACCGGGUCCGGGUAAAGGGCAGAAGCGCGGCAAGAGGAGAAAGAGGCCGCCAAAGGCAGCACUCUGCUCGGUUAGCAAGACUGAUCCCAGAUGCCCAGGAAAACAGAGAACAUAUUUCCCAAAAAUGAAAACUUCUCCAACUGAGGAGGAAGCCCUGUUGGAAAGACUGCCGUCUGACAUCCUGUUUAAGAUCCUGUCAUACCUGGACGCCUCCUCGCUGUUCUGCAUCAGCCACGUCAGUAAGCUCUUCCACCAGCUGGCCAACAAUGAUCAUGUGACGGAUAUUGAAAUUCCCAUCCUGCAUCUGCUUUACCUGGCAGAGUUUGAGAGUCAACAGUGGAAGCCGAAGUCAGCGGAUGAUGUGGCGCCGAAGGUUGACCCGGUGCAGGUGGAGAUUCGGUCGGCGGGCCACUGGAGGAAUAUGUAUUUCAGGAGCAUGGCUGGACAGGAACUGAACAAGUGGAGGAAAGAGCUGAAGGACAUCAGCCCGUACACUGGGCUGCCCAGGCAGACUGAGUGGGUCCUCAGGAAUCUGAACGUGAGCUGGGAGCUGACGGUCCGUGAUUGUUGGGGAAAGGAGAUCACGCUGGCGCAGAGCCGAGCGUAUUUCUUCGAGUCAUCUGUGAUCGUCCGCUUUAGUGGCGUCGGCUUGCUCAAGUACCAUCACAUCAGUAAAAUCCAGCUGCAUGGAGUCCAGAAAGAUGCGCUGAAGGGCCCCAGAGGCAGGAAGCCUGGCUGGCGCUCUCUGAUUUCACAGCUGGACGUGAAGACUCAGCCCAGUCGGUUGAUUGGCAACGACGUCCUGAUCAAACUGAUGUAUCUGUUUCCCAGCUUCAUCAUAGGCAUCUGGAGGGGUCAGAACGGUGUUGCCUUCAUCAUGGUCAGCCUGCACUUCCACAAGUUGGUGGAGAAGUGUCUGCUGGGAUCUCCGUUGUGCCCGUACUUGGAGCCUGUGGAGCCUCCACUCAUGGAUAUCUCGGACCCUGAGUUUGGUCUGCACGGCUACUCUCUGUACUUUGUCCUGCACAACACCGGCAGUGAGAUCAUGUCGGGACACUUCCGCCAGCUCUCCUGUCACACAUUUCAGAUCCAGCAUGGACUGAUGGAGCUGAGGGUCAUCAGCCGGACCGACGUGUCCCAGCACAGAUCGCUGUCUGGUAACAUCAAGCUGCCCUGGAAGAGCGAGACACUGGAGGGCUCGGUGGAGCUUAGUGGCUGCAUCAUCCUCGCCGUCUCCAUCUACCUGAGAGCCGGCUAUAAUAUAAGCAUGAUCGCCAAUGAUACUCUUCCUGGCGUCAACCUGAUGAUCGCCAUCGGAGCGAUCAUCAUGGUGCUCGGCUUCCUGGGCUGCUGCGGAGCCAUCAGAGAGAACCGCUGCAUGCUGCUGUUGUUCUACAUCAACAUCCUCAUCAUCUUCCUCCUCCUGCUGGCGGCGGGCCUGCUGGGAGCCAUAAUAUCGUCGAAGUUAGAUGACUGGGUGAAGAACAGCAUGCAGAACUUGCUCCCACUUUCAAGUCAACCAGCUAAUGUGACAGCAGACCUGAAUAUCUUGCAGCAGGAGCUGCAGUGUUGUGGUGUUGUGAAUGGAUCAUCAGACUGGAGUAACCAGGUUCCCAGCUCCUGCAACUGCAAUGCCACACAACCAGCAUGUUCAAACGGCGUCUACAGCACGCCCUGCUCCACCCAAAUCGUCAAUGUGCUGCAGAAAACCAUGCAGGUGUUGCUGGGAAUUGCCUUCGCCAUCGCCGUCUUGAUGAUUUUCGGCAUGGUCUUCUCAAUGAUUCUCUACUGUCAGAUUGGAAGGUAGGAGACUGCCUUCACCACUGCCUGAACACCCACACAUGGCCACGCCCCCUCGCUGCCUGGCUACAGCCAAUCAGCAGUGCCCAGAUGACCUGCGUAACAUGCAUCAUUAAACCUAAGUGCUACUGUAACUUAACCCGUGCUUUUACUGUGAAGGAACACGCUGAGAUUGUGGUUUAAAUUUCAUCUCAUUAAUACAUUUUAUAUGAAUAUGGAGUCUUAGUGACAAAAUAGUGGAAAUGCUAAAUAUAUAAAUAUUGUGGGCUAAAAUGAUAAAAGCUGCAUGUGAAAAAUGUAAAUGCAAGAAAUGUGAAGAGGUGUAAAAUGAACAAAUAACAAAAGUAAGUGAAAGUGAUGUUGUUAGAGAAAAGAUAAAAUAAAAAAUCAAACAAGUGAAUUGAUCAAAUAUCAGUGUUCCCAUAACUGUAUAGAAAACUAUUACUUUAUGCACAUUAUUCAUCUUAUUAGGAGACCCAUUACUGCCAAAAUGAUAAACCAAUAAAUGUGCUUUUUGCCGUUUUCUGCCCUGUGUUACAUGAAAGAUGCUUAAAAUAAAAAUAAAAGUGUUGAAUCAUAGUUUUUUUUGGCAGGAAUGGGCUUCCAUAGAUUUGUGUAAACAUAUACUGCUAUACCGCUGUCUUGCAAAAUCUGCUGCCGUCUUUGGUUACUGUUAAUCCUCAGGAAGAUGAACUUGUGGUGUGUGUGCUUGUGCUGUUCUAACAUAAGAUAUAAUAACAAUACUGGCAUUAUAAAACAGUAAACCUUGAGUUUGACAAAUAUUGUUAUAUUAGACACAAUACUUUUAAGUUCAGAAUUAGUAAUCUUGUGGAGCAAAAAUGUAUUUCUUUUUCUUGUUUCUUUGCACCGAUUCUUGUUACUGGUGCAUUUAUGAAUGCUUUUUUUUUUUUAUUAUUAUUUUAUUUUUCAGGCAUUGGUUGAAAUCUGUAAAGAUGUUUUAAUUUUUUUUGUAACCUAACUGAAUUUAGUUUGGGAAUGUGUCAUACCAUAUAAGAAGUUCUCUGAAAUAUCUUUAUUUUGUAGUCGACUACCACCAGGGAAAUAAAACUAUUAGCUUGCAACAUGAAAUGGCAAA